AUGGCAGUGUCGGAUGCAAGGAGAAACUGUACCCCCAGAUCUCUUUUCUCAGGAAGGACCCCACAGCACUAUUACCCUCACCAAGAUUUGGCCUAUACUCCUCAGCCAUACUCGGUCAUGAAUGCUCAGCCUUAUGUCCGGCCACAACAACAAGCCAACAGAAAUCAAGCUCCAUUUCCUAGAAACCAACCUCCUUACCAAAACCACUCCAACCCCCGUCCUCCACAAAAUAAUUUCCGCCCUCAUGAACCGCCCAAGAGACCAAAUUUCACACCAAUUGGCGAAACCUACUCCAGCCUGUUACCAAAGCUUGUUCAAAUGGGUCUGCUACAGCCGAUUCCUCAAACCAGACAAAACCCAGCGUCACCCACUUACAGAGCCGGUGCCCGAUGCGCCUAUCACUCAGGGGCAAAAGGGCAUGACACGGAUAAUUGUUGGACUCUGAAGAGAACCGUGGAGAACUUGAUAGAACAAAGGAAGAUAGUGUUAAGGGAUGAAGAGGUUCCCAAUAUGACCAACAACCCACUUCCAGCCCACAACAACGGGCCGAAACCAAAAGUUGCCUCGAAGCAAGAUAAAAGGGAGAAAAAGAAAGAAACUACCCCUCCAAAGUCAGAGAAGAACAUGGAAGUUGAGACCGGGGCAACGCCUCUCAAAGAUGUUGUUCUUUAUGUCCCUCAAGGCAGUAAAGAAAAGCAGAUGACAUUGAGUCCUCCCAGGAGAUUCGAGCUGAACAAAAUAACCCAGAUGUAUGUGCCCAAGGGUGUUUAUGUGAUGCGGGGGCCAAUUAAACCAUCAAGGCUGAAUGAGCCCGUGGUUAUUGGACGCGCGCCACAGAAGCCCAUGAAAGAUCCUACUGUUGUGCCCCGGAACUACAACAAAACGGUGGUGACCUAUAAAGGCGAAGAAAUCCCAGGAAAAGUUCAAGAAAAUAAUCCUGUUAAAAAGUAUUCCAAUUUGGAAGAGGUAAGCAACGCUACUAGAAAGCGCUUCCCACUUAAGAAGCCUGUGAGUGCCGAAGAAGUGGAGGUUUUCUUCCAAAACAUGAAAAUGGCAGAUUAUGAGGUGAUUGACCAGCUUCGAAAAUUUCCCGAACAAGUCUCCCUGUUGGCUUUGUUGAUGAAUUCCGCCGAACAUCAGAAAGUAUUGAUCAAGACCCUUAACGAAGCAUAUGUGCAUGUUGACAUUUCUGUAGAGCAGUUGGAGAGAAUGGCGGAAAGAUUUUUCGCAAUCAACCAGAUCACUUUCAGCAAAACUGAUUUACCCUCAGAAGGGGCCGCACAUAACAAAGCCUUGCACCUAAUAGUCAAAUGCGAAGGGCACUACGUGAAAAGGGUGAUGUUGGACGGAGGCUCUGGAGUACACAUUUGCCCACUUUCAACUUUACAGCGCAUGGAAAUUGAGACCGAAAUAAUCCAACCCAACAAUGUCUGUGUACGUGCCUUCGAUGGCAUCAAAAGGGACACAAUUGGAGAAAUCGAUCUAAUCCUGACCAUCGGCCCAGUAGACUUUGAAGUAACCUUCCAGGUUCUAGACAUGGACACAUCUUACAACUUUUUUUGGGGAGACCAUGGAUUUAUGCAGCAGGGGUUGUACCCUCCACUCUUCAUCAGAUGGUGA